UUCUUGAUUAUAAAGAAGAUUACUAGGACUUAUAAACUAAUUAAUACCGCUAUAAAGAUAAAUUCAGUAACCUUACAAGACGCUAACCUACCCCUAUCUACUAACGAGAUCUCGGAAGAAUUUACUAAAUAUACUUAUACCUCUCUAAUUAAUUUCUUUUCCGGAUAUAAUUAA